AUGGCAAUUGCUUUUGGCGUGGGUGGUAAGUUUCUGCCCACAAAUGAAGAAUUGGUGUCCCAUUACCUUUUCAAAAAAGCCAUAGAAGAACCACUGUCAUAUGAACGUAUCAUCCUAGAGCACGACUUGUACGGUGAUGAAGAGCCAUGGGACAUAUUUUGGCGAUCAAACUGGAACAAAAACGUCUCUAACUGCUGCUCCUAUACUACAUUGAAGAAGAAGAAAUGCAAGAAUCAAAAAUUUGGGAAACGUUUUGCUCGCACGGUGGGGAAGGGAGGUACUUGGAGCGGUGUUGACAGCCAACCUAUUCGUAAUCAGAAAGGAGUGCUUACAGGUUGCAAGAAAAACUUUGUUUACGAGAAGAGAGGAUCGGCACAACAUGGUCGUUGGCUCAUGAAAGAGUUCAGUCUUGACGGUGUUUUACUCGACCACGUCAAGAGAUUGAAGCAAGAAAACGAAUAUCUCAUUCUUUCUUUCUCUUACAAAGAUUUAGUCAUAUGCGAAAUCAAGUGGAAAGAUCAAGGGCGAAAUAGGGCAAGAUCAGGUGAUGGCGAGGUUCUUCAAGCCGAGCCAGUUCUUAAUGACCAAUUGGGUGAAUACCGCUACUUGAAUUCCGAACAAAUAAUGCAACAAGCAACUACCAGCACCAUUGCAGUAGAGCCGGAAGUCCAAUCCGAUGAACUCGAUAAGCUGAACAAGGAUACAGAUUUUUUACUUGCUGAACAAGAACAAAGUAUUAGGCCCCUUGAAAGAUCUCCGCUGAUGACGAGUGGUUUUGAAGUCGAAUCGUUGUUGCCUACUGUGAGAUACGAAGAUGAUAUUCAAUCCGCGGAGAGCAAUUUAAGCAUUGAUAUGAAUGAAUUACUCAAUUUUCUGAAUCUUCCUUCGACUUCAAAUGUUCAGGACCCUGUGAUUGAGUCCACGGAUUUGUCGAAGAGAAUGGCAAAAAAUUCUGCUGAAGAAAAUGGAAUCUUCAAAUGA